CAGAUUUAGAGAGCAACCCUCUGGUACGUAUCCUUUCCGGCCCGCCUCCGACCCGCUUCUUCGUCCGCGCGCGCUGAUCUUGGCAGGUGCACAAUGCGGUGCUCGAGGCUUACCCGAACAAGACACAACAAAUCAUCCGGCCAUUUCGACGGUGCCAGGGCUUCUUUCUUUCCUCUCCCCUGCAUGACCACGCUCCAGGGUCGUCGACGAGGCACGCAUGUAAGUACGUUAAUCGAGGGCGCACCCCUCCUCACGCAUCGAGAACAAUCAACAACAUGGACACCCACUACGUAUCACUCGCCGCACUCGAACAAACAUCGUCGAGGGGCUGAUCAAUAUCGAGAGCUGCUUCUGCUUAAUAAAUAAUAAUAUCGCCCGCUG